AUGCAAUCCGACGCAAGUUACACGGAAAUCCAAAACAAUUUCCCUGGACUCCCACCUUUCCCAGAUGAUGUUCCCACCGCACCCCUGCUCCGGCUAUCGCUAAAAAGGCUAUUAGCGGGAGAUUCGACGGAGUGUGAGCGACUUUUCGAAGCUUGUGUUGAAAUCGGAUUCUUCUAUCUCGAUCUUCAAGAUUCAGAUCAUGGGGUCUCUCUGCUGAAUGAUGCUGACAAGCUAUUUACCGUUGGGGAGAACCUAUUCGAUCUCAGCCUUGAAGAAAAGAAACGCUAUGAUUUCAGUACUCAGAACUCAUACUUUGGAUACAAAGGGAGGGGGGCUGCCACUGUCGAUAAGGACGGCAACCUGGAUCGAAACGAGUUUUACAAUACCUCCAAGGACGACAUUAUGGGAGUUAGCGAUCCUCUACCGGCUCCCGAGCUCCUGAGUCAAAGCCGAGGACAGCAGGAAUCGUUCAUGCGGGGCUCUCAUGGCAUCGUGUCGCUUGUUCUGAACAUCCUCAAUGACAAACUCGCCUUGCCAGAGAACACACUUUCCAGCAUUCAUCGGUUGCAAGCCAUUGGUGGCGACCAAAUACGGUUUAUCAAAGCGCCACCUCAGCCUAUCGACGACCGUCGCACAGCUUUAGGACAACAUACCGACUUCGGAAGUGUCACUGUGCUCUUCAACAGACUUGGCGGCCUUCAGGUUCUUCCUCCAGGCGCUGAUGCGGAAUGGGUCUAUGUGCGGCCACUACCAGGACACGCGAUUAUCAAUUUGGGGGAUGCCAUGGUGAAGUUCACAAACGGUCUGCUGCGUUCCAACAUUCACCGUGUUGCUGCACCGCCAGGAAUUCAAGGCGACUCAACGCGUUACAGUCUAGUGUACUUCGCUCGACCGGAGGAUAGUGUCAUGCUACGACGACUAGAUGGAUCGGAUCUCAUUCCUCCCAUCACACAGGGCCAGGUUGAAGAGGAGAUUAAUAGCAAGGAUUGGAUUAUUCGUCGGGCUCUCGGUCGUCGGGUGGAUCUUCACAAGGAUAUUGACUAUGAAAAGUCUGCCGGCACAGAGCAGAUGAGUCGACGAAUUAUGGUCUAG